GAGCUUCGACCAGGAACCGGAAGUGCUGGGUCGGGAGCUGCGGGAAGAACUCGCCGCGUCUCGCUUGGCUCUAAGCGGGGCCUGGUUUUUCGGGAGCGAUUCUCUCCGCCGCUGAGGCGACCGGGCCCUGAGGAAGAAGCGGGGGAGAGGCGCCGCGGAAUCGCCUUCGGGGGAAAAAGCCGGCCCAGAAAGCCUUUGGCUCGGUUUGGGGCCUCGAGUUGGGCGACACGAGUCUCCCCCUCCGCUGCGUUUGCCCGGUUAGAUGCGGGUUUGCUCUGAGGAGGCGGACGGGGAAGAGGGAGUUCUUGGAGAGGGAGCCGGUGCUGGUGGUUUAGCAAGGCAUGGGAACGCCAGAUGUGCACUGGACUGUAAAGUGGGUCAGAGCAGAUUUAACAGUUUUUGACCAUAUUUUGCACCUGCUGAAGCUGCAGGUUGGCUACAUUUCCCAUUCAGUCAUGUCUUACGUGUUUGUAAAUGAUUCUUCCCAAACAAAUGUGCCUCUGCUACAAGCUUGCAUUGACGGAGAUUUUAACUAUUCAAAAAGGCUAUUGGAGAGUGGCUUCGACCCAAAUAUCCGGGACAACCGUGGCCGAACAGGUCUUCACUUAGCAGCAGCUCGAGGAAACGUUGAUAUUGCUCAGUUGUUGCACAAAUUUGGGGGUGAUCUUUUGGCCACAGAUUACCAAGGUAACACAGCUCUUCACCUCUGUGGACAUGUUGAUACCAUUCAAUUCCUCGUCUCCAAUGGACUCAAGAUAGAUAUUUGCAAUCAUCAAGGUGCAACACCUCUUGUCCUGGCAAAACGAAGAGGAGUAAAUAAAGAUGUGAUUCGAUUGCUUGAAUCUUUGGAAGAGCAAGAAGUGAAAGGAUUCAACAGAGGAGCACACUCAAAGCUGGAAACAAUGCAGACAGCUGAAAGUGAAAGUUGGAGAUGUUUAGACUCUUCAUUGGAAAGAGUUCUAAAGAAGUUGGACUGUCACAUGGCCAAUGAACUUCAGGAGUCAGCUCAAAUUGCAUAUUUGGAUGCAAUGGAAAGCCACUCUCUCCUCAACCCCAACCUGCAGCAAGGGGAAGGUGUUCUGUCCAGCUUCCGAACAACCUGGCAAGAAUUUGUAGAGGACCUGGGAUUUUGGCGAGUGCUGCUUUUGCUUGUUGUCAUUGCUUUGCUGUCACUUGGAAUUGCAUACUAUGUUAGCGGAGUGCUCCCCUUUGUGGAAAACCAGCCUGAGUUGCUGCAUUAAAGGCAAUAUAAAUUAAUAGUGUCUUACUACUAUUUAUAAAGUCUCACUUUGUCCUCUGUUGGGCAUAUGUUGGUAGCUGCAUGUAAGGUUUAGACACACACUUCCAAGACAUUGUAAAGAACCCCUUCCAAAAAUAAGGAUGCAUUAGACUUAGUUACAUUCCUGAGUUAACGUAUGCAUCAACUGCAUCUAACAUUUCUUGAAUUAUCAUUAGUUGUAUUCUAUGCUGAUAAAAUAUGACAAUAUAAAGAAGUGAUCGAAAGCUUUUCCUUUUACGCAGACGUUUAUGAUCAGGAAACCAAUUUGUUAGAAUGUCUCUAAAAAUUAUUAUGGAAUCAGGUUUUACACUGGUCUUAAAGGUAGUCAUUUUCUACAAUUAAAAGGAAUUUGCUGCAGAAAAAUAAACUAUUUUAUAUUUCUUUGGUAAAGAAAGCAUAUAUCAUAUUUUUCAAGAAGCAACACUUAAGGAUUUUUGCACUUCCAUAAUUUUCACAUGAAAUAUUAACAGUUUUUCAUUUCUUUGGAACAAGACCAAUAUUUAGUUAAUCCAAAUGAAUUGGGAAAUAUCAAUACUUACUGUUUUAAUAAGAACUAAAUAAAACAUUUUUUUUUACUUUUAGGAGUUUUUCUUUUGUUUGGGGAGAAUUUUUUUCUUUACAAGUAAGCAAAAAUUAAUUAUCUUAAUGGCUUAAAAAUUUGAAUAGAGGUAUUGUGUAAAACUUGUGGCAUGAUCGUGGAAAGGUUUAUUUUGCCCUGUUUAUAAAAAUGAGCUUUAAACUAAUUUUCCAAAUAAUUUAAUUGCAAUGAACUCAAUGUCCUAAUCUCUUAACAUAUGUAUUGUUGUAUAUGUAAAAUGAGACCUGACUUGAAACUCUACUUUGAAGUAAAUUAAUAAUAUAGCUAAAUAUAGGAUCUGGUGAAUAACCUCACUAAGAUUAUCUACCUAAGAUUGAUGGUUCAGGCACUUAGUGAUGCAGGAAGUAAUGUCUGGUUUUUUGCUGAACCGAAAAUUCUGAAAAUGGAUCCAGAUGUGCUGGAGCAUAUCCUGUCUCAUAGAGUUCUAUUUAUAUCCAGGCAAGAGAGAAAAUGAUUGUUGAUCUCUCUUCUUAUAUAUCCAAAUAAGUAAUUAAUAAACCAUCUAGAAAUUGAAGCAAGUGAUUAAUUUGUUUAUCUCAUACUAAAUUCUUCAUGUUCAUUCUGAUGAAAUAUAAUUUUGUGGUAAGGUGUAUUCGUCUAUGUAUGUUUUGUAAUAUAUUUUAUAGUUUAUUUAACAUUGGAGGAAACAUUGGAAAUAGACUAUUUGUACCCCAGUUUUAGAAUCUUCUUUAAUGUUAACAAAACAUCCUGAACAUAAUCCAGCCAAAGUUCUAACUUUUUAAGGACAUGUGGAUUUUCAAUUUAGUAUUUCUUUUCUUAAAGUUCGUAGGAUCUUGUUUAAAACAAUUCAAAGACUACAAACAUGAACAAAUUAAUUACUCAAAAGUGAAUGCAGCAGAAAUAAGAUAUAAACUAUUAGAAGAAUUAUAGGGUUGGGGUGUCUUUUUGUAAAAAAUAAAGUUCCAUGUUAUGUUAUUUCUUUUCUAUUUUACACUGCAUAACUAUUAAUUUAAUUAUUAAUUGUAUUCCAAGCAUGCCAAGGUAUUCCAAAUAAACUUGUAUAAACUACA